AUGUCCUGCGAGCACUCCCCAGCAGCCUCCAAAAGCAAGAAACCACCCCAACAGCAAGUCCAUAAUUUCUGGGACAAGUACAUCACCAAAUCCCCCGGCAAAGUCACCACCAUCUUCCCACCCUCCCUCUAUUCUUCCCUCCUCCCUCGCCCCUCAGCCCUCUCCAAAAAUGACACCACAACCUCCCCAACCACCACCAACUUUGGCGCCUCCUACGCCGCCGCGGCAGACGCGUGCCGCGCCAAAAUCGCCCGCAUCGUCCGGGACUGCCACCGCACCAACUCCAAGUUCACCGACCCCGACUUUGACCUCAAGGGAAACCAGUGGGACUGUCUGCUGGGUUUGAACUGGCGGUCCCCUCCUGCCAAGGGCAACCCCGCCGCCGUUGAGGAUGCCCUCGGGACGCUGGAGAGGAUGCAAGUCUUUGACGGGACGGACUGUCUUCAGUUGACGGUGCCGAUGCUGAGGAAGAUUAUGGGGAAGAGAGUGCUUGACGAGGAGCAGGAAGGGGACAAUGAUGAGGACUAUGACCCCGAGCCGAAGGCGGUGCACAGGGUUGGGUGGAUCUUUGAGGACCCCAAGUUCGAGGUGGAUGGGUUUAGCAGUUCGGACAUAAUGCAGGGGAGCAACAGCCUUGAUUGCUGGUGGUUGUCUGCCGUGGCUACCAUCUGUCAUCGGCGGGAGCUGAUGGACAAGAUUUGCGUCGCGAGGGAUGAGGAGUGCGGGGUGUAUGGGUUUGUGUUUUAUCGGGAUGGCGAGUGGGUGUAUACCGUGGUGGAUGAUCACUUGUGUUUGACGAACGGGGAUUAUGAGGGGGGAGGGCAUGAUCCGAGUAACGCCAUUGUGAAGAAGUGGAGGAGGGAUAAGCAGACGGGGAGCCAGGCGUUGUAUUUUGCGGCCUGUCGGGAGGAAAACGAGACUUGGUUGCCGUUGUUGGAGAAGGCGUAUGCCAAAGCCCACGGGGACUAUCACGCUAUUUGGGGUGGGUGGGUUGGUGAGGGCGUGGAGGAUUUGACCGGGGGGGUCAAUUCGGAGCUGGCGUUGGAGGAUGUCCUCUUCAAGCAGAAAUUAUGGAAGGAGUUGGUGAAUGAGAAUGGGAACUUUGUCUUUGGGCUGGAUAUCUUGGACAGGAAUGGCUCGGACAAGAACGGACUGGCCAACGCGCACGCCUACUCUCUUUUGGCCGCUAGAGAGGAGGAGGGGGAGGAUGGUAAGACCGUUAGACUGGUCAAGAUCAGGAACCCCUGGGGUGCACGCGGUGGCGACGGCAUGGGUGAAUGGACCGGCCCGUGGUCGGACGGCUCAAAAGAGUGGACUCCGUACUGGCUCACCAAACUUGACUACCGCUUCGAAGACGACGGCGUGUUCUGGAUGAGCUACAACGACAUGCUUCACACAUUCACUAAUUUAUACCGCACUCGUCUCUUCGAUGACGAGUGGGCCGUGGCUCAAGAAUGGACAAACGUCAAUGUUGCCUGGGUUUCUGGGUACUUGCAACGCAAGUUCGUUAUCGAGGUCAAAACAGCCACCACUGCUGUCUUUGUUCUGCAACAGCUGGAUACCCGUUACUUCAACGGCCUUGAGGGAGAAUACUCGUUUCUUCUGCACUUCAUCCUCCAGAAGCAAGGUGCCGAGCCAGGGGACUACCUCUGCCGCGUCCGUCCGCAGGCUGAGAACUUCUUUCGCGCCAAUCGGUCCAUCAACUGCGAGAUUGAUCUUGAGCCAGGCAUCUACGAGGUCCUGCCCAAGAUCACUGCCGAGCGCGACACAAGCAAGCCUCCUGUCGAGGCAAUUGUCAAGGCCUCAGCUCGGCGCCGCCCAGAAAAGCUGAGGCAGGUCGGUUUAAGCUUUGAUCUCGCCCAUGCCAAGGCCUUCAGGAAGGAGGAGGAGAAGAAGGGUGAUUCUAGUGAUGGGUGGGAAACCGAACAGGAGGACGAAGAGGCAGAAAAGGCGAGUGUUACUGAGGCUGGCGAGGAGACACCUGGAGGGUCUGAUGAGGCACAAGCUGCUGCGGCCGGUCGUGAAGAAAUCCAACAAGGUGGGCAGGGAGGGCAAGAAAAUGACAAUGACGAGGACGAAGAGGAGGAUGAUGAGGAUCAACCUUCGCUCUGGAACGCUGUUGCUGUUGUUGGACUCCGUGUCUAUUCGCGGGAUCCCGAGCUGGUCAUCAAACUGACUUCCCCUGGCAAUGAUGAGGAAGCCGCAAGCGUUGUUCAGGGUACCUAGAAGUGGUGAAGACAGCUGCAGCAGGGAUGGCCUUCUGGGCGCAGAUGGUCAUGACGAACUUUGGUGUUUGUUUUGUUUCUUUGUUGUGCGUUUCAUUGUCAAAAUUCAUCCAAUCAUCAAA